CUUCACUCUCUCCUCCCUGAUCCUCCCUGAUCCUCCAGUACCUGCAGAGCCAGAACCAGAGCCAGGACCAGAACCAUGACCAGCUUCAUGACCCGCUCCUCCUCCCGCUCCGUGCGCUCCUCCUCCGGCGGCGGCGGCGGCUCCAUGCGGGCCGGCAGCGUGUACGGCGGCGCCGGCGGCUCCGGGGUGCGCGUCUCCUCCGCGUCCGGCAGCUUCGGCUCCGGCGGAGGGUUCGGGUUCAGCUCCGGCGGGGGCGGCGGCUACAGCUUCAGCUCCGGCGGGGGCGGAGGGUUCGGCGGCUCCAGCAGCUUCUCCAUGGGCGGCGGCGGUGGUGGAGAUGGAGUCAUCGGAAACGAGAAGUUCUGCAUGCAGAACCUGAACGACCGCCUGGCCACUUACCUGGCCAAGGUGGCGACGCUGGAGAAAUCCAACGCCGAGCUGGAGCUGAAGAUCCGCCAGUUCAUGCAGAACCAGGUCGGACCCGCGACCCGAGACUACACCGCCUUCUUCGGAACCAUCGGCGACAUCACGGGGAAGAUCCAGGGUGCCCUUCGUAUGAACGGGGCCGUUCACCUGAGCAUCGACAACGCCCGGCUGGCAGCCGACGACUUCCGUGCCAAGUACGAGAACGAGCUGGUGAUGCGCCAGUCGGUGGAGGGCGACAUCGCCGGGCUCCGGAAGGUUCUGGACGACCUGACGAUGGCCAGGAGUGACCUGGAGAUGCAGAUCGAGGGCCUGAAGGAGGAGCUGAUCUUCCUCAAGAAGAACCACGAGGAGGAGCUGCUAGCCAUGCGCGCCCAGGUGUCCGGCCAGGUGAACGUGGAGGUGGACGCGGCUCCAGGUCAGGACCUCACCAAGGUCAUGGAGGAGAUCCGGGAACACUACGAGGCCGUCGCCGCCAAGAGUCACCGGGACCUGGAGUCCUGGUUCCAGACCAAGACAGAGUCGCUGAACAAGGAGGUCGUCUCCCAGACAACGACCCUGAGCACGUCCAGGUCCGAGAUCAACGAGGUCAAACGCACGUUGCAGUCGCUGGAGAUCGAGCUGCAGUCCAUGCUGGGGAUGAAAGCGUCUCUGGAGGGCACGCUGGCGGAGACGCAGAGCCGCUACAGCAUGCAGCUGUCGGGCUACCAGAGCCAGGUGAGCAGCAUGGAGGAGCAGCUGAUGCAGCUGCGGGCCGACCUGGAGCGGCAGGGCAGCGAGUACCAGAUGCUGCUGGACAUCAAGACGCGUCUGGAGAUGGAGAUCGCCGAGUACCGCAGACUGCUGGACGGAGAGGGCAGCAGCGUCAGCAGCUCCUCGUCCUCGUCCACCACGACCCGGCGGGUGGUGACGGUGGUGGAGCAGGUGGUCGACGGCAAGGUGGUCUCGUCUUCGUCCUCGGCCUCGUCCUCCUCGUCCCUGCUGAAGCACUGAUGCGGCGGCCGAUCGGCUUCUCUCUCUGCUCUGUGACCGGAUCAGCCAAUAAAACGAGAGUCCAAGUCA